AUGGUUUGUAGCGUAGGUACCAUGAUCCGGCUGUGCUGGAUUCUGUGUUGGAUUCUUCCUCUCGUUAAUUGUGAUUUUGGCGGUCCUGGUGGUCCUCCUGGUCCUGGCGGUCCUCCUGGUCCUGGCGGUCCUCCUGGUCCUGGCGGUCCUGGUGGUCCUGGUAGUCCUGGUGGUCCUGGUGGUCCUGGCGGCAAGGGAUUCGAUCGAUUUCAUGGCGGUGGCAGGUUUGGUCCUGGGGGUGGAAAGCAUCGUGGCUUUGGACCGGGCUUCAAAGGAGGGCAAAAUCAACCUGAUGGGACUGAUGGGACUGACGUGACUGAUCCGAGUGAUUCGCAACAAGAGCAAGGAACUUUGCAGGCACAGGAUGGAACUCAAUCAACGGAAGCAGCAGCUCCUCAAGCUUCUGUGGUCGCCGAGCCUCCAGCAUCUACAACUAUUCUACCCGACGUAAUCAGCUCUGCUACUCCAGAAUCUGUUGCCCCAGCAUCUGCUCCCCUAGCACCUGCUGCCCCAGCAUCACUAGGUGCCGCUGUAGGAUCUGCAAUUCCCAUUUUCGACCCUCCUUCUAGUAUCGACUCUGCCGCAGGGGGAGCAUUGCCAGCUUCAGUAGCAGCCCCAGUCCCCAUUAUAUCUUCUUCAUCCAUCGUUAUCAGCGACUUAUACAACACCGCAUUCCCAAGCGAUGCAACAGCUGUCCAACUCAAACCCACAGCCACCGUCACCAUGGUCACAUCUAUGACCAUCCUGGUAACCCCAUCCCCUAUCAACAGCCCCGCCGCCAUCUCAGAACCAACCCCAGCAGCCGUAUCUACAUCUACUCCCUCUUCAUCCACAAUCCUGGACCUAGCACCCCUUUCCACCUCCCCCGGCACCACGAUGAGCGCUUCAGCCAAAGCCGGCAUGGGUGUCGGACUCACAUUCGGCAUUAUCAGUGUCGCGGCUAUCUCAGGCCUCUACCUCUACCGCCGCCGACGCAACCAGCGUUACGCCCGCGACAACAUGGGGGGUGGUCUAGGCGGCUUUUUCAAACUCCCUCGCCGCGAAAAGAACGAUCAGGAAUGGGAAAUUCGCUCCGCGGAAAAAGUUGAAAUCGUAAACGUGCGCGGCACAGGUUCACGGAGUGUACGAUCGACUAGUCGUAGCGAGGGUAGUCAUACUGAUAACAGAGGUGAAAGUCGCGGUGGUGCUACUGGUGCCGGUGCUGGUGCUGGGGUGGGAGGAGGAGGAAGAGGAGGAGGAGAUAAAGUCGGGACAGAGGUCCUGAAAGUCGGAAUGCGAGUCCCAGAUCGUCCGAAUCCGGCGCUGACGUCGAAUCCUGUGUCGCCUGGGCCUAAGGCUGGGAAGACGUCGAGUUGGCCUUUACCGGAGUAA